CUAUUUAAGAUCAUAUUUAAUAAUAAAUUGCAAUACAAUUUUCAAAUAUUUAAACUGCAAUAAAUGAAUGCACUCUAAAAUUAUGAGCAAUGCAUACCUUAGAGUUAAGUUAAUAAACAGAUUAAUUAGACUGCAUAUGUCAGUAAAAAAAUUUUUACAUGUCAGUAAAACAAACAAACAAACAAAACUCCACACAUUUUGAACCCAGCUGCAUGACCCUUUUGGCUUCCCAUACUCGCUGCUCCGCCUUGCGUACAUUUGUCUGAUACAGAAACACCAAGUGUCUGAUGUGGAGAGAACAGUACGAGCUUUAUCGUAAAUUGCUAGUUUAGCAAGAUAAACGAGUUAGUAAUACGAUAUUAGUAACUAACGCUAGCGUGCUACAUACAGACUAGUUAAUAUUUUAUAUUAGAUUUAGUGCUUUAUUGCAUAACCUACUGGAGCAUUACAUAACCAAAUUUAUACCAACCUUUACGGUGUUUUGUUUUACUGAUCAUUGAGGCUGCUUCCACAAUCAUGGAGAAGAUAAUAAAUUGCAAAAUGGAAGAUCUGGAAGAUUAUUACGGCUUGCUUGGUUGCGAUGAGUUCUCAACGGGCAGAGUAUAAAGUGAGAGCCCUGUCUUGCCACCCUGAUAAACAUCCGGAAAAUCAUGAAGCAGCCCAAGAGUUUCAAAAGUUACAACAGGCCAAAGAUAUUCUCACAGAUGAGACUAAAAGAAGAAAAUAUGAUUACUGGUUGAGAAGUAGCAUCACUGUGCCAUUCAGUGAAUGGCAGUCCUUGAGUGACACAGUUAAAAUCUCAAUGCAUUGGGCCCUUAAAAGCAAAAAGGAGCCAAUGCUAACAGCAAAAAAAGAUAUGCCUGAAUUCCAAGCUGGUCAGUCAGAAACUCAAGUGCCAAUAGAGGGGAUAUCAUCUGACGAAGAACUUUCAUCAAGUGAUUAUUGGCAUCACAGAUUUCGGUGUACAAGUGAUACUCCUUCAAUCCUCUUGAAAAAGUUUAGAAAUUAUCAAAUAUGAAGAAAUAUAGGCUCAGUAUUUGUAUUUGUGUAUUAGUAUUUGUGGUUUUGAUAUAUAUAUAUAUAUAUAUAUAUA